AUGAUCAAAACAAAUUUGAUUGAUUCAAAUAAAUACCAUCCUCAACUAAUUAUUAGAGAUAUUUUAAAUAUCAUAAAGUAUAAUAAUCGUUAUACAACAUCAUACUUAAAACUUGUGAAAUUCAUAUCAGAUGAUUAUCCUCUUCAUUAUGCAGUAUUAAAUAAUAGUGAAAUAAGAGUCGAAUUUCUAUAUUCACAUGAUGCACAAAUCAAUGAAAAAGAUGUAGAUGGAAAAACAGCUCUUCAUGAGGCAACAUAUAAAAAUAAUAGAGAAAUAGUCGAACUUCUUAUUUUACACGGUGCAAAUAUCAAUGAAAAAGAUAAUAAUGAAAAAACAGCUCUUCAUGAGGCAACAUAUAAAAAUAAUAGAGAAAUAGUCGAACUUCUUAUUUUACACGGUGCAAAUAUCAAUGAAAAAGAUAAUAAUGGAAAAACACCUCUUGAUGUUGCAACAAAAUAUAAUAGUUAUGAAAUAGUCAAACUUCUUAUUUCAUAUGGUGCAAAUAUCAAUUAA